UGUGAUCCACAUCCACGGUAGCAGGAGGGGUGAGGUGGCCAGCCGCUGAUCCACCGGUAUCAUGGCUUCCUAACAGGACGGGGGGAAGUGACUGAGUGGAAAAACAAGGAUUUUUGUCUAAUGUCCAACUGAUCAUCGCCCUUUCUAGAACCUGAGAUUGGGACAGAGGGGCUCGGCCUCCCUUUUCGCCUCUCACGGCCGCCCCUGAGAUCCAGUAUAUACUUUAAUUCUUCUCGUGAAUUUCCAUUCUUGAACCGUGGAAGAUGGCCGACCCGGCGGAGUGCACCAUCAAAGUGAUGUGCCGUUUUAGGCCCCUGAACAGCUCCGAGGUGACCAGGGGCGACAAGUACAUUCCCAAGUUUCAAGGGGAAGAUACCGUCAUUAUCGGGGGUAAACCUUACAUGUUUGACAGAGUGUUUCAGUCAAAUACAACACAAGAACAAGUGUACAACGCCUGCGCCCAAAAGAUUGUAAAAGAUGUUCUCGAGGGUUAUAAUGGGACAAUUUUUGCAUAUGGGCAGACAUCAUCUGGUAAAACACACACCAUGGAGGGGAAUCUCCAUGACACAGAUUCAAUGGGAAUUAUCCCAGGAUAGUGCAAGACAUCUUCAACUACAUCUAUUCCAUGGACGAAAACCUAGAGUUUCAUAUCAAA